AUUUGAAUAGGGCUAAUCAGAUUUGUAAACAAACUUUUGUUUUGCUGAUUUCUCCUAAUUUGUUAUCAUUUCAACACAGAAAACAUUUGAAAUUGAUUCUACCAAGGAUAAAGAUGUUGAUUCAUGUGUAUUUUUCAUGAAAUUCAACUCGGUAGCGGAAUAAUGAGCGAAAUAAGUUUGUUUACAAAAGUCUCAUUAGCCCUUUUGAAGAAUUACUAUGGAAUGACAGUCUCUGAUGUCAUAAUAUUUAUUGUUUUUAUAAUCGUAUCAAAGCAAUAAUUUUUAUAUCUUUACUGAAUGCUUAAUUAAACUGAAAUUGUAGCUAUAUUACAAACUCAUUUAAUUCAAAAUGGGUGGUGGCGAUUUGAACACAAAAAAGUCGUGGCAUCCAAGUACAUUCAAGAAUCAGGAACGCGUCUGGAAAGCUGAACAAGCGGAUGCUGCCGAAAAGCGGAAACUCGCUGAGCUGCAACAUGAGAUAAACGAGGAGCGGAACCGGGAAGAGCUAAAGAGCAUUGCCAAGAAAUCGGGACUGAUUGCCGAUACUGAUGGUGAUCGGAAGCUCGAAUGGAUGUACAAGGGCCCGCAGGUUAAUCGCGAAGAAUACUUGCUAGGGCGUACGGUCGAUAAAACCUUCGAACAGCUCGACGCCCAAGAGAAAGCCGGACCAAGUGUAGGUAUAAGUCAGCCGAAGAAUCAUGUAGAACACGAGUGCAUCCCGUUCUCGAUCAGACAGUAUAAGGGGCUGGAGAGUACCGAGCAGGUCGAUAUGACACGGAAAUUGAUGGAGGAUCCGUUGAUGGCCAUCAAGCAGAAAGAAGUCGAAAGUCGACAGAAAAUUCUGGAAAAUCCAGUUAAGCUAAAGGAGUUGCACCGGUUGCUAAAAAGCGAUCGUAGCAUUCACGGCAAAAGAGAUAAGGACAGAAAGCAUAAAGCAAAGAAGAAGAAAAGAACAUCAAGAACAUCCACAGGUGAAUCAGAUACCGAUGACGAAGACAGAGAUUUGGACAAAAUUCUGGCGGAAAAGUAUAAAAAAGUGCAACAUUCGAUCGAUGCAGAGCAGGGAGAAGAGGUUAGUUUAAAUAAACUGCUCAGUAUGAAGUAUCAGAAGUUGUCGAAGGAACUUAACAAAUUAGCGAAACCAAAAAAGUCAAAAAAGAAGAAAAAGAAACGCGGAAGCAGUAGUUCUGGAGAGUCCGAUUCAGACUCACGUGAUGUCCGGAGGCAUCGAAGGGAACGAUCAAAUUCAAGAGAUAAGUAUCGUUCUGGACCAUCACGGGCACGCGAUCAAAGCUCAGAAACAAAAAGAUACCACGAUAGGUCCUAUGACGAUAGGAAAAGUAGGAAACGAGAAGAAUCAAAGCGAGAUCGUCAUCGUUCUCGGAGUCGUGACCGUAAACAUUUUCCCGCACCUAGAAGGGAUCGGUCACGUUCUAGAGAUCGAAACCGCAAACAAAACACACCGCCAAGCUCGAGUACAGAAUCAUCCCCGCAGCAAAUACGCCGCAAGGACGAUUCUGAUGGUGAAACAAGGCCUGCAAGUAGCCGAAAUUUUGGCCUUGUUUCAGCAUCAGGCAAGAAGCUAGAACUUUCUAAGCGCGAUGAAGUUCGGCUCUACAAAAGGGACGAAAUCAAAGCACAUCAAUCGAGCCAGAAACCGGCCUGGAAACGUCCGGAAAGAAAGAAUCCUCUAACGGAGGAGGAAAUAGAAGCUAAACGCAAGGCAAUGCUUCAGAAUGCGGAGUGGCGGGAUAAUGAGCGGCAGAAAAAUGUUCGUCGCUAUGAGGAUGAAGACCGCCUGCAGGAACAGAAGGACAAGGAUAAAAAAUACGAUAAGGAUUUUCUUACGAAACAAUUCAAGCAUGCGGCCAGCAACGAAACUGUCGAGAAGCGAAUCAAGUCGAAUCGCAACAAUAUUCAGCGGACCGGUGGGGCAAUGAAUGAUAAUUUCGCUAGGAGAUAAGAAAAUGUAUUGUCAAUGUUCGUUAUCCUAAAAUUAAAUGGUGGAAAAGCAAAAC